UAUGGUGGGGAAAAAGGCAUGUUCAUCGGCGAGUCAGAAAUAGGGAACCCAGCAAAAGAGGAAGACGCACACGAGGAAGCAGAAACACACACACACAAACACAGCAGUGAGCGUGAACCAUGCGCACAUGAGAGUCCAACACCGAGAGAGAAAGGCAGAGAGAGAGAGAGUGAGAGAGCGAGGGCGGCAUGGGCAGGAAAGGGCAGUUUUAUUAAUUCAUUCCCUGUGGAUGGGAUGUUUCUGUGCUGCACGUAGCUGAGUGUUUGCAGGGGAGACUCUGGGACCAGGAACAGUCCAGUGCGGCCGCAUGCACGCCGGAGCGCACCGCAGGCUGAUGCGCGGUCUGUGUGCGCCGCUGCUUCACAGCCCCGGACAGGGAUGUUGGAUGGACUGUAGAGGUUUGCAGCAAAGCUCACAGAUCAACGGAGGUAUUUUCUGAUGCAGAUCUGCUGAGAUGCUUUGCUCCGUCCCUGAGUGACGAGGAGUAGUUACACACAGGCGUCACCUCACGACAGGACUUAAUCCUCUCUGCAACAAACCAACGGGAUCUAAACGAGGCAGACUCACAUCACUUAUUUUUGUAUCCAUCUCUUUUUAUAUUCCGGCGUUAAAAGCCACAUAUUAAAUAUUCAGGACGUGAAACUAGUGACCUCUCACUUCGCCCUCCUUUGCUCAUGUGACCACAGUUUCUCACACCUCCUGUGUGUUCACAAGGUGCUCGUUGUAAAGAAGCAGAAAUGACAUCAGGAAGCUUCUUCUCCUCUGUCUUUUUGCACAACUCCACUCAAGGAUAACCCUCAACUCCCCUGAAGCCACAUUCACUCCCAGGGCCCAGCCCCCCGGCCCCCCCUCGGGCCCCCAGCAGCAUGGGAGACGCCAGCUGGGUGUGUUUGAGUCCGGCGGAGUUCGGCCAGCUGCAGCAGUACAGCGAGUACUCCACAAAGACGCUGAAGGAUGUGCUGCAGGAGUUUCACGGUGACGGCGUCCUUUCCAAAUACAACCCGGAGCAGAAGCAAGACGUUCUGAACCAACCCAUCGACUAUGAGGGCUUCCAGCUCUUCAUGGCCACUUACCUGGAGAACGACAUCCCAGAGGAGCUGUGCCAGCAUCUCUUCACCUCCUUCAAGAGCAAGACGGGCGGUGGCUCCCCGGAGCAGCCUCGGCCAGGAACCAGCUUACUGGAAGCCCGCUCCAUCGAUGCAGGCAUCUCUAUUCAGACCGAAGUGGCCUGUGCCCCCAUUACAGGGAUGAACGGGAAAAGCAUCCUGUCCGCCAUGAGCCGCCACACCCCCGAGCACUCCGGUGCGAGGAGCGCGGCGGGAUCAGGCGCCACCACCUCCCCGUGUUCGUCUCGCUCCUCCUCGCAGCGCUCGGGGGCGGGAGCCCACACACCUGGGGGGCCCCACCGGUCGCCCUGCACCCAGGUCAAAGCCUCGGAGGGCUGUAGCAACGCCUUGACCCCAAACGCCGGGCCCACCAAGACCCCAGUGUCGCCCAAGCUCUCUCCAGAGAGGAGCCACACCGAGAAGCGCUCGUCCCUUCGGAGGAGCCCGUCUCCCCAGAACAACUCCCCUCUGCCGUCGCCCCAGGUGGUCUUUCUCAAGGACAUCGUCUGCUACCUUUCGCUGCUGGAGAGGGGGAUGCCGGAGGACAAGCUGGAGUUCAUGUUCCGGCUGUACGACACGGACGGUAACGGGGUUCUGGACAGCUCGGAGCUGGAUCGCAUCAUUAAUCAGAUGGUUCACGUGGCAGAGUACCUGGAGUGGGACUCCACAGAGCUGCGACCGAUACUGAAGGAAAUGAUGGAAGAGAUUGAUUACGAUCGAGACGGGACCGUCACGCUGGAGGAGUGGAUCAGAGGAGGCCUCACCACCAUCCCUCUGCUGGUCCUGCUGGGCAUGGAUACGAAUGUGCAGGAGGAUGGGCAGCAUGUUUGGCGUCUGAAGCACUUCAACAAACCAGCCUACUGCAACUACUGCCACACCAUGCUGCUCGGCGUUCGCAAGCAGGGCCUCUGCUGCUCCUUAUGCAAGUACACAGUGCACGAACGCUGUGUUUCCAAAGACAUCGCUGCCUGCAUCAGCACCUACGCCAAGUCACGCAGACACACCAAUGCUAUGCAGCACGUCUGGAUCGAGGGAAACUCUCCCACCAAGUGCGACCGCUGUCACCGAAGCAUCAAGUGCUACCAGGGCCUGACGGGCCUGCACUGUGUCUGGUGUCAGAUCACGCUCCACAACAAGUGUGCAUCUAAUGCGAAGCCCGAGUGUGAUGGAGGAGCCCUGAGGGACCACACUCUGCUGCCCUCGUACAUCUGCCCCGCCGUCCUGGACCGUCAUUCUGUGGUGAAGCGUGGGGAGGGAGAGUCCCCCCCCAGCACCAGCCCCGACGACAUCAAUCAGACUUUUAAAUUCUCCCCCUGUGACGGACAAGCGCUGCAGAUCACCCCUCUUCCAGGAACCCACCCGCUCCUGGUCCUGGUCAACCCCAAGAGUGGAGGGAGGCAGGGGGAGCGGGUGCUCAGGAAGUUCAGGUACCUGCUGAACCCCCGGCAGGUGUACAGUUUGGAUCGAGGAGGACCGAUGGUUGGGCUCAACUUUUUCCACGACGUCCCUGAUUUCCGGGUGCUUGCAUGUGGAGGCGACGGCACCGUGGGUUGGAUCCUCGACUGCAUAGAUAAGGCCAACUUUGCCAUACACCCUCCGGUCGCCAUCCUCCCUCUGGGCACGGGGAAUGACCUGGCACGCUGCCUGCGCUGGGGGGGAGGUUACGAGGGCGGCAGCUUGCUGAAAGUCCUCCGGGACAUCGAACACAGUGCAGAGGUGGUGCUGGACCGCUGGAACAUCGACAUCCUCCCUGAUGACAAGGAGGAGAAGGGAGACCCCGUCCCCUACAGCAUCGUCAACAACUACUUCUCUAUCGGAGUGGAUGCCUCCAUCGCCCACCGCUUUCAUCUGAUGCGGGAAAAGCACCCGGAGAAGUUCAACAGCAGAAUGAAGAAUAAACUCUGGUACUUUGAGUUUGGCACCACUGAGACCAUAUCCGCCACCUGCAAGAAACUGAACGAAUGCAUAGAAGUCGAGUGUGACGGGAUCAUCCUGGACCUCAGCAACACCUCCUUGGAGGGCAUCGCUGUGCUCAACAUUCCCAGCAUGCACGGCGGCUCCAACCUGUGGGGAGAGACGAAGAAGAGGAGGAACUAUAACCGCAUGAGCAAGAAGGUUGCAGACAAGAUGCCAGCCAGCACCGUCACAGAUGUUAAAGAGCUCAAGUUCUGCAUGCAAGACUUCAGUGACCAGCUGUUGGAGGUGGUUGGCCUGGAAGGGGCAAUAGAGAUGGGGCAGAUCUACACGGGGCUGAAGAGUGCAGGACGCCGGCUGGCUCAGUGCGCCAGUGUCACCAUCAGGACCUCCCGGCGGCUGCCCAUGCAGAUAGACGGGGAGCCCUGGAUGCAGCCCCCCUGCACGGUGAGGAUCACUCACAAGAACCAGGUCCCCAUCUUACUGGGCCCUCCUCAGAAGACUCCCUUCUUCUUCUUCAAGAAACGCAACCGCAGCUGCGACUAGGACUCGAGCGCACAAAACACAGGAACACACACUUAUUUAGUACCACUACACGCACGCACACACACGCAAACACACACACACACAGACACACACACAGACAAACCUCCCGCCGUUGCCAGCGGCUCCAUCAGACGGCCGGUGCGCUGCGAGGAGUUCAUUCACAUUCCUGGAGUUUUGAUGCCUACAGACAAAUCAAUCCCAAAGGAGGCUGCUGCGGUUGCUUGGUAACCGUCAUCCCCAAGUCGCCAAACUUCCUCAGUUCAAGCCGCCCACCCGUCCCCAGCCCUGACAUGGGAAACUCAGAGACCACCCCCUGAAACCAGUACCGCACUGCCAGCUAAGUGCUCCUCGGGAGUGGCGAUGUUGUGAGGAUGGACCUAUUGUAGCGGGAGCCGUUACACUCAGAAACACGGUACGGGUUGGAGGGCUGGUGAGUAAACGGACGGAGAUCCUCCUCUUGACUUCAAACACCUGUAUGAAUAAUGAAACGGCUGCCGCUUGUAAGAGCACUUGCUGCUGGGCGUCUCCGCAGACUCGCGACACGCCAGCAGACGAGAGGCAUGUUGCAUUAUUAACUGAGCGCGUUUGCGGGUUGAUAGCAUCAGGGUACAACACUGGCCUGGAAUGGGUGGAAACACGCAGGCAUUUGAGCCCCGUAGCGUCUCUGGCCUGCAAAGAUAAAGACAUAAUUUGAACUGCAUUUCCAGACUGUGCAGAUGAUCCGGCGGCAGGCUUCAGGCAAAGGAAGUGUAUGUCCGGCUCUCGCUUUCUAAACUGACUGAAGUCUAGAUGGAGAGUAAAGAUUAGAUGGCCAUUUGUUCCUCUUUGCUUCCUGAAGAGACUCUUCUGCGGCGUUUCAGCUCCAACAUCCAGAUGUGAUCAGAAACGGCUCCUGUGGAGAGAUCAGCACAACACGGCGAACUCAAGGAUCGAAACGCAUCCCUUCGAGGGUACAAGAGCAAAGUUCUUUAUUUACCUCGGCCACGACGGGGGAACCAAAUUUAUCCGUCUAUUUCAGGGAGGAACCAUCACUCCGUCACUGAAGCCCAACCCUCAUUUACUGUGUCAAACAUUGACUCACUAUGUCAGAUGUGCUACUGAAGAGACGGGAGGAAGAAAAGAAAAAACACCACCCUCUUGCAAGGUGCAUCAUCAGCUGUUUAAUGAUCCCAAAUAAAACGGGAUGGUCAGAAAAGUAGAAGAAUAGAUGCAGUGGAGCUCAGUUCAGUAUUCAUGAAGAAUGUAUGCAUAUUACAGUCCCCACAAACUAUAAUCUUGAGUAUGUGCAGACAGAGUAUAUGUAUAUUUCUGGAAAGUAGGUGUAGCUCUCAUAUACUGUACACAUGAAUGUGUUUUUAAUAUAUGGUUGUUAAUAAUGUAGAAUAUUAGGUUCAGAUCGGUGUCCUUCACUGGUGCUGCAGUCGCUCUCUGAAGGCAGUUUUCCACUUUGUCUAAUUAUAUCAUAUCCAACUCGAUUUCCCUUAUAUUUCUAGUUCCUUUCAUCCCUCGGCUUGGCUUAGCUGUUGAAGACAUGAAAUCAGAGGCAGAAUAAUCUUGCAGGCUACAUAUCGAAUCAUGAACAUCAAUCCGCCACGACCGUAAAACCUCAGGUGAAUCCCGGACACUCCGGUGCCGCAGCGCCGUUUUGAAGCCUCCCACAAGAUGCACAUCAAGUCCAUUUUAGCGCUCGACCAUAUACUUUUCCUUCUUAUUUUCAACAUAAAACGCCAUGGGCGGGCUCCGGUUAAUGCGUCGACAUUCCGUUACAGCGUAGAAGCUUUGGAGAAACAAUUCAGGGGAGAUUUAAACCAAAUGCAAGGAGAGAUUCAGUUUAGACAUCCUUAGACAUCCAAUCUCCUCCGACAUAGAGAUUGUCAUGUGAUCUCGAAACAUUAGGUCUCGUCUCAAACGCUUCAAGCAGGAUCUGAAGUCCGGUCAAGAAGACCGAGUAAAAUCACCGCACAGCGGCGCUUCCUCUCCACGGCGCAUACGUCCUCUCGGAAAUCCACUUUCCUCUCCCCCUAACCCUAACACCAUCAGAGAUUUCAGAGGUUCAGAGUCGACUAACUAUCACAUGAGUGCACGGAUGCAAGUGAGAGCAAAGCGUUAGCAUUGGCAACGCAGUUCCCUUUGUCAUCCACAAACACACCUAAAUGUUCCUGCAGACUCCCGUACAGUGGCAGGUUUAGCCAGUCAAUGGCCCUUGCAAGAAAUGUUCAAGACAUUCUCCAAGAACGCAUGGAAGAGACGUUCAUCCUGAGUCUAAACUGCCAAGAGACCAGUCCUACAAGGUCUCGGGAUGUCUGUAGGGGCAAGCCCAAUCCAUACACCCCAGUAGCAUCCCAGUACCAGACAACCGGGUUAAGACAUCCUCAGACGUCCAGACUCUGACUGAUGUUUUGGAGCUCAUUGUGUUUUAGGUCAUAAUGUUACAGACCCAGACUUUACAGAAGAGACAGUUAAAGCCGUUCCGGCAUCAGCGACCGGUUGUGACCUGCAGUCCGAAGCGUCCAAUUCAGCAUUCAGCCGUCGUCGUCUUCGUCUUUUUGGAGCCAGAAGUGACAAGUAAAGCUUAGGUCUGGGCGACAAGAGGAGAACACUUCGUUCGCUCAUUGGUUAACUCAUCUGACCUUCAAAACGCUGCCAAAGAUGACGCAUCAUCUUAAAUCAAACAGGAUAGGACUUCAAUUCAGAAAGUUUCUCUGCCUUAAAGAGGUCAGAGCCAGUGCAGCGCCCGACUCAGGACAUAUCCGUCUCUGUUUUAAAGGAGCAACGUGUCAUGUGAAGCCAAAAAUGAGCUUCAUGCUCCACACUUCAGGCGAAAUGGGGUCAGUAUAGCUGCGUAAGGUGAGUUGGUCUACCCUCGCACAGAAAACGAGAACACACACAGUCCCUCCUCCUCAGUCCUACGGUGAAUGUGUUGUGAAUCAAAACCCAAAAUCUGAGAAUCAGAACGCAGAAUCUGUAACCACGAAAUCAAAACGGGGAGUGCAAUCGUUUUUCUUUUGUCACCAUUAUAUAUAAAAUCAUCUCCAUUUCUGAGCUGUCCUUUAAUGUUCAGCUUUUUUUUCUUUUUUUUUUUGCGGUUGCAAUUCUAAAACAAGUCAAAUCAGCGGCGCAACAGUUGAGUGGGCGGGACAUAGUCCAGAUCGGUUGAAAUGACGCCGUGAUAACUUAACUUUAUUUCCCGUGGUGUCAUUGUCAUCAUCCUGAGACUUCAAUCCACCCUUGCUACCUGCAUGAGUACGCCCACAAACCGCACGACUUAUUCAUGCCAUCAGGUUGUACUGAGGUCAUUGUGUUGCUCGCUACUGCCACACAUGGCAGAACCCGGUUUUACGAGACUGGACGGCCCAAAGCUGGUUAUUUAGCAACCAAAAAUAAAAGCUUCAGCUCAUUUCUUAAUGUAUUUCUGCAUUUCACUUCCUUCCUUCCUUCCGCUUUUCCCUUUAUGGGUCACAAUAGUGGAUCCUUUCUGUCUCGGCCCGUCCCCUAGCAUCUUCCUCCGACGAGUGUCUUCAUCGUCGCAAUAGAGCCGGUCCGCGCUGAAAUUAGCAACAACUAAACACAGAUACUCUGAAGGGAAAUCGUUGGCAUGUGAUAUGAGCCGGAUGUUUGUGGAAAACUGUCUUGCGGUGCAAACUGAGCUCUAGUUGGGGUUCGUUGGCGGCAUCGGCACCUUUACACCCUGAUUCCCUUUAAAACACACCGAGUCGUCACCUUGGCAUCCAGGCACCACAAAAACAGACUAUGUGAAGCAUGUAUCGGCUUCAUUCAGGUCACUGGGAUGGAGCUCACCUGUCGUUAUAAUCCAUCUCUGUUGUUUAAGUUUAAAUGUGAGGCUGGAACGUCCCGGGUCAAUAUCACGGAUCCCUCGUGCAGGUUUGGAGCCUGGGGCCAAGACAACUCGGUGGUAAAUGAGUGCAUGUUUACAGUAACUCCACACUUAUUGAGAGAAUGGUUUUAGACAACUAUAUUACCAAGUGUACAUAUUUUGUUUAUAAUAUUUUAUCAAACGUUACCUAAUCACCGCAUGCCUGCUGAAACAAAAGAAGAGUGAACAAAACAGAGUGUGAAUCAGAAUCAAACUCAUUUAUCUGAUAUAUUUAUUUGUUGUGGUUGUUUUCUAUUUCUCUUUCUUUUUUUUUUGGUAGCAUGUUACAGAAAAGUCAGCAGAGACCAGUUAGAUUAUGAGGAGGACGAGUUUCAACACCGGAUCAAAGGGCGUGCGAUGCCGACACCUGUUCAGAGCCGGUCUCAAUGAUUUUCCAAUCCAUGUCACAAGUCAUGUCUUUUCCUGUCCUUUGUAGCAAUCGAUUGCCUUAACAAUAAACGGACUCACUCUGUACGAACGCUGGGCUUUGCAUGAUGGAAUUACACAGAUAGGAUGAAGAUUUGUUUCAGGAGGAUAUCUGAAAUCUGCUUCAUCUGCUGCCGUUUUAUCAGCACCUGAUGACCUGCGGGGGUCGUUUCGGUUCCUCCUGACCCUCGUUCGGCAGCAGAAGCUGUUCAGCGCCGUGAUGUAACGUGUGUUUUUGAUAAGCUGACAAGAGAGCUGAUAUCUGUGUGUGUUACCCUCAGAGAUAGGCCCCCAAAUGCAGAGAAGCAUCACCAUGACUCCUGCCUUGUUUCAAGCGUGCACUCCUAAUUUAGGAGUAAUAUCUGUCAUCUGAAGUACCGCACUUGGGUGCAGUCAUUAUCACCAAACAUUCAAAGGGGAGGAACUAGUAAAUUUGUCAGACUGUGUUUUGUGCUUGGUUGAUACAUCCAAUGGCAGAACGGGGAUUCAAAAAUACACAAGUUCCUUCUAGUUAAAGCAUGAAAUGCAUGUUGAUUUUGGACAGAAAUAAAGUGACUUCCUCUGCAUCAGGGUGCUCUGGAUGGAUGCAAGUGACACAUGACGUGUGCGGUGGGAACAACAAAGCGUGCUUUCUACCUGCAGAGAUUCAACAUGAAGCUGUGUCAAAUUUCUGUUUCAGACCGAGCAAAGACAGCCGGAGCAGCUAGGUUUGUCGGGAAGCGUCUGUUGUAGCGUCUGUUAUCCACGUGCAUAUUAACGUGCACACUAUAAGGAGCAGUCUUUGUCUCCUUGUUUUCUCAUUGGACAAACAAGACGAUGCAUGUCCUGCUGUCAGCCUUGGUAGGCCUCCCAUUCACAGCCCGACCCACCGGCACGGAAACCAACCCAAAACAGCUCAGCUCGAGAGUCGCCAUCCCCUGGUGUUCCUGCUCCACAGCACGCUGUUUUGGGUCUGUUUCUGUUGAUACUAGUCUGGUCAUGUCACCAGUUCUCUAGUUGACAGUAUGCCUGUCCAAUGGCACGCAAAGGCAGUUUCUUCUUCGUAAGCUGGGCAUAGCCCCUGGAAAUAAGUCUCUGCCAGAAGAACCUAGCCAAUUCUUGGUAUCGAAGCAGAGUUACGACGUUUCUAAAGUCUAGGAGCUCUUCGAAAACCCUCUUUUUCCUAGAGCACCUGGUAUCUUAAGCUUUUAAACUACGUUACUGUGGCUUGGUUGUUUUUUCUCAGUCGUAAGUCACUUUGGAUGAAAGCUUCUCAGUGUAAUGUAACGUGGCACAUAGGCUGGCCGGGCCGCAGACGCCCGCCACGAGUCACCGUUAUCGCCCCGGUAUCUCUGCACAACAUGUGUGGGAAAACAACUUCUCCCAAUAACUAUUGUUCUCUGUUUUCAACUUGACCACUAAGGAAUCACGCAGGAUCGGCAUCGGGUCCAGCUAUCAACAAAAUUCAACGUUGGGGAUAAUCGAUUGAGAAAACCACAACCUCUGGAUUGAGCAGAUUAACGGAAACGGGUUUGUUCCGAACAGAUGUCGUAAAACCGUUCUUCAGAAAACCCGGGGGGGCGGCAGCGCAGAGUCCAUCCAGUAAUAAACAGUGUCAGGUCUAAAGGAGUACUGAGAAGCACCAAACGUGUGCUCACGUUACAAUGACGUGAACUAUAAUGGGCUGGAGCGCCGCCGCGGCUUCAGAGGUUACAAACUAAACCCAACCUGCAGGCUGAAGAGUUGUUGUUGUGAAACAUGAUGUUUUUGUUGGAGCACAGCGACCCAACUGCAGCUUCACAUUAGCUAAUAUCUUAGCUGAGUAGUAUGAUGUAUUACUGGAUGACGUGUAGCCGUGUGCAGGGCCGCUACCUGGCAGCUGGAGAGUGUGCCCCACCAUUCUUCUCCUCUUUAAUACAAGCAAUGACUGUGGUUCUGUUGGACUGGAUUUCCAGUCACCAGCAGAUGAACAAGAAACUGCGUCGGGGCGCCGUAGGAUUGGCGUACAACAAAGGAUUCCUGCAUAACUCCUGCACCCAUCCAGAACACAUACCAGACACCAGGACACACCGACGGUCACAGCGUACACCUAACAAAGACUAGAGAGACUAACAAAGCUAUAGAUUUCAGGUUUUAGCAUUUGAUUGCGUUGACUUGGAAAGAUCUAAGAAAUAAAGGACAAACAGGAGAGGAAAACUGUUCUUCACAGUUGCUGCUGUUGUUUCUUCUUUAUUUAGAAGCUUUUGUUUUUGAUUCACAGGUAAUCUUAAAAACAAAUCUGUACACGUAGAAAACAUUCUUCCUGUGGUAGCGUCUCAAACUCAGGCAACCCGAGCUUGCAGUUCUGCACACUGGUGACGUCCUGGCUUAUUUGUUACUUUUACUGCGUUCAAAUAAAUCAAGCUAACCUGCCUCAUGUCGUGACAAAUAUGUUGAUUUCUCAAGGUUUUACUGUCACGUGAGAAAAAGGAAGUGAACCCUCCGUCUACAACAGCAGGCGUAUUUUAUAUCAAGAACUAAAAUGCCAUUAGGAAGCGGCUUGAUAGAGGCCUGAUAGAGGCCUGAUAGCGGCGUGAUAGCGGCCUGAUAGCGGUGUGAUAGCGGUGUGUGGGUGUGGUCCGUUGGCUUGUGGGGCCACAUUUAGCAGCAAUAACUGAAAGUCAGUGUUUUCCAUUUGACAUAUUAUUGUGCAGGAAUUUUUAUUCUUGAAUCGUCAAACUUCAGUUUCAUCCAUCAGAUGGUUGACCUCACAUUUGACCCAGGGGGGCUUUGGUCAACGGAGGAUUGGACUCGACGGCUGCACCUCCUGGUUUCUUCUGGCUGUGAAAUAAGCCCAGAUCACGAUGCUCCCGCUGCCAUUUUCAACAGUUGAGGCCUGCACACCCAUUUGCUCUGUUCUGGGUUUUUUUGGCAAACACGAAGUCAUGCUUUAUAUGGUUUAUUCAGAUGACUGUACUUCUCUUGAUUUCUUGCUCCUGUAUCCCUCGUCACAUUUUCUAAUAAACCAUCCUUCAUU